AGUGGCGCCAACUUCACAAUGCUGAGGCCCCACGCGGCCCCUCUCCGCAUCUCCACGGCAACCGGCGACUCUUGUCGGAAUGCAGUAGUCUGUCCUGCUUCAUCAGCAAGACACAAGAACCAGCAAGGCAUGAAGACAAAGCCCGUCUCUAAAUUUGUUAAAUGCGAAUUCGGUGUUUAUGUGCUUUGCCCUAUGAUGGACGACCCAGAGUGAAAGUUAAGCGACUAAGAAGGCGAGCAUAUCUCAUCAUCCCUUUAUCAGUGAGGCUGUAGCAGGAAGUGCGCGUCGUUCCUGUCCCCCCUCGUCUAAAAAACACAACGCUUUCCAACACUUCUCGCCAGUCCGCUUUCAGAGAUCAAGACAGAGACAGAGCGACAAUGCCUGCAGUGAUUAGGAUGCAGACUUUAGCUCCUCGACUGCAGCGAUACUUCUGGUUCAGAGUGAGACUGUGAAAAACAAAACCUUGUUUUGAGGAACUUUUGUCUCCAGUCGCCUGGUGUUGUGUGGGACUUUGGCUACGUCUGGCUUCAGAGAUGUCCACUACGGUCAAGCCUACCACCGGGACCCCGCCGUUUACGACGGACGAGCUCACCGUAAUUGUGGCCUCAUUGUCGUGUCUGCUGUUCCUCCUGGUGAUUAUGGUGGUGUUGUGUCUGCUCUACCGCAGAGACCCCAUCUGCUGCAAAGUUCGAGAGUACCAUGAGUCACACACAGACCUGGCUACAAAUCCCCAGUAUUACAGCAGCACACAGACGCUGGUUGGCCCGGCAUGUUCUCAACACAUGAGCCACGAGAACACACACAGACAGCAGUCAGAUUCGCUGUUUCUGAUUGGUCUGCCGUCCAGCUACGGUCUACCCUCAUUGGCUGUGCCCCGGCUGCCGUCUUAUGAAAGCGUGCGUAAGAAGGACCGCCAGCGUCAGAUCCACAUGCUGAUCGCCGACCGCUUCGGCCUCAACGGACCAUACAUCUCCGAGCCCCCGCCAUCCUAUGAGGAGAGCGUCCGACACUCCGUAGAAAUCCCCUGUGGCGUGAUUGGUCCCUUGCAUGAUCCCAGUGAUGUGAUUGGUCCUUCGGAGGUUUCCUGUGAUGCGAUUGGUCCUUUCCAGGCCCCUGGUGAUGUGAUUGGUCCCUCGGAGGUUUCCUGUGAUGUGAUUGGUCCUUCGGAGGUUUCCUGUGAUGCGAUUGGUCCUUUCCAGGCCCCUGGUGAUGUGAUUGGUCCCUCGGAGGUUUCCUGUGAUGUGAUUGGUCCUUCGGAGGUUUCCUGUGAUGCGAUUGGUCCUUUCCAGGCCCCUGGUGAUGUGAUUGGUCCUUUGGCGAUGGCUGGUUCGUCCAGUCCUCCCUGUGACAUGACUGGGGCUUUGGACACUUGCUGUGACAUCAUUAGUCCUUUGCCGGCUCCCUGUGACAUGAUUGGCAGAGUAAACGCUCCGCCACACGGGAUUGGUCCUGUUUCUGAGCUCCCAGAAACACACCCAUGACUACACACCAAAUAGACCCCCCCCCCCUCCCAACACACACACACACACACACAUACACACACACUCUUGCCAGAGAGAUUCUAACUUUAAUUCAGGACAGAAAGCGGGACUGUGAUUUCUACCUCAGUGCAGCAGAAAAAGUAUGGCUUGUUGAGCAAGCCACUCUCUCACACACACACACACACACACACACACACACACACACUGUGACCUGGCCUGUGAGGUCCACUGUGAAGACAAUAUUGCACCCACCUCCCACUGUCCACCCACUGCCCUGCCUGUGUGUGUGUGUGUGCGUGUUUAUGGAGUUUUAUGGUUCUUGAUUGCCCUUGUCUUCGGACCCCACACAUGGUUAACACUUAAACAAGCACAGGACUGACUUACACAGCACAGGCAGUCUCAGUCGAGCCCAGAUGAUUUCAAAGGAGCUCAGAUGCAAUCAAGUGUAGAAAAUGCCAAUGGAGCACAGACAGUCUUAAUCAAGUGUAGAAAAUCUCUAUAGAGCACAGACAGUCUUAAUCAAGUGUA